UGACACUCACCAGCACACACGGAGCACAAUGGCUUCCCUCACUCAAGGAAUCCUUUUGAAAUUAUUGCAGGCCAUGAAUUCCAACACCCGCGUCACCGGCGACCACCGAUCUGCUCUUCUUCAAGUCAUCGGGAUCGUCCCUGCUCUCGCCGGUUCCGACCUCUGGCCUAACCAUGGCUUCUACGUCCAGCUCUCCGAUUCUCUUAAUUCCACUUACGUCUCUCUCUCUGAGCGUGAUAACGAACUGAUCCUCACCAAUCGUUUACAGCUCGGCCAAUUCGUGUAUGUUGACCGUUUUGAGUUCGAUUCUCCUUUUCCUUGUGUCUCUGGGAUUCGACCUGUUGCUGGCCGCCACCCAUUUGUGGGGAGUCCUGAACCACUUAUUGCACGCAUCUCGGCUUCCAAACGGGAAUUCGUGAUUCAACCAGUUUCGGAUUCGGAUCCAUCAGUCGACCCGGUCGCCAUGUACCUUUCAAGCAAGAAGCCUGAGCAGGCGCGAAGGGAAAUCAAGGAAUCGAAGACAGAAAAUAAGGUUGAAAAAGUAAAAACAAGGCAACCUCUUGCUCCUCGAGAUAACUUGCCAUCAGGCAAUUCGGAUGAAAUUAAGGUUCCGGAUAAGCCUCAAAGGUUUUCAUCUCCCGCAACAGCCAAAAGAUCGGCAUCUGCAGGGAAGAAGAAUGUUACAGUGGUGGAGAGAGACCCUUCACCAGCAGGAAAAGGAAAGAGGUCGGCGUCUCCGGUUCCAUCUAAGUGUGUGGUUCCAAGCUUAGUUGCUGCACGUGAUGAGAAUCGCAAGGCAUCAAAAGAACCUGCGAUUAUAGUACCAUCAAGAUAUAGGCAGCCUUCUCCAAAUGGGAGGAGACAGGCCUCGCCAAACCCAAGAAGAGCUUCACUUUCUCCUGGGAGAAGGUUAUCCGGUGGUCUCAAGAUUUCUCCCAUGGUUGCGGGGGUUGCUGAUUCUGCAAGCAAGAAGAAGAUGGCAACUAUGGUUGCCGGAAUUUCCAAAGUGUCAGAAGCACUUGUCGGAUCUGCAAAAGCAACCAGGAAGAACUGGGAGGAGCAACCAACUAUUGCAGCACCCGAACAGAAAGAAAAGAGUGCGCCUAAAAGUAAACUUGAUGCACAAGCGAUCUUGCGUACACAGGCUGCAAUCUCAAGGCGAUUAAGUGAUGUGAAUGGUCAGAAGACCAGUAGCAAUAACUCUUCAGCUGAGGAAAAAACUCGAUCUAGUUCGACUGAAAGUUAUCAGGCUCAAGAAAAAUGCAAUUUUGCAGCUCUAGGUAUCACCAUUUAUGAGAAGAAAUGGACCGAUGGCACGGUUCCAUUAGAUGCCUUGUCAGCCAAACUAGCAAAGCUUGGAAAGGACGCAAUGCAAAGGAAAGCCCUGGCUUCUGCAGUUGCUGCUCAAGCAUUAGAGGAGGCCAAUACAACUGAGUGUGUUGUUAGGAAUUUAAGCAUGUUCUCAGAGCUCUGUUCUGUAUGCAAGGCCACGAAUCCGUUGCCAACCAUAGACCGGUUUUUUACAAUCUAUGAUGACGUUCUGAGAUCAGUUAAAAUAGCUGAGUCAGUAGUGAGCAGUCAUAAUUCUGAGACACCUGAUGAUGGGCAUCCAACAGAGCAAUCAAAGUCGCUCUCUCUCUGGGUCGAGGCUGCCUUGGCCACUGAUCUUCAGGUGGUGUCCCUCCUAACUGGAAGUGACGCUAACCCUCCAUUAAACUUGCAAAGGAGUUUGUCAAAAAGGAAAUCUCUUGGUGCAGCCAAGAACAAUCUGAAUCUGAAUGUCACCUCCAAGCCUAUUGUUGGGGGGUGGAUAGCAGGCAGUGGAAUGAAAGAGACAGCAGAGCUUGGAACAAAUUUGUUGUCGGAAAUGCAAAUGUGGUUUCUGCGGUUUGUUGAGGAGUCCCUAGAUGCCGGGUUUAAAGUAUUUGGAGAGAAGUCUUUACCCCUGGAUGGUGGCUCUAUUGCUGUAGUUUUAUCUCAUUUGAAGCGAGUGAAUGAAUGGUUGGACCGUGUAGUUUCAAAAGGGGAUGACCUGCUACUAGACAAGGUUGAAAAAUUAAAGAGAAAGAUCUACGGCUUUGUGAUCCAGCAUGUGGGAACAACUUUUGAUAGCUGCUCAUCCCCUGCUUCAUCAUCAUGAUUGCCUGUUACAACUUUGAUUUUGGUUUAGAUGUUGAGAACGUUGAAAGAGAGAGAUGCUCCUUCGAUAGCCAGAUUGAUUUGUUCUAAUUGUUCUAAUUUAAGGGAAAUGAUGAUUUAUUUCAUAAUGUAAAUGAAAUUUGGCUGUAGUAUUUUUUUUAUUCUUCUUGUGAAAAUUUUAUCUUGGUAAUGUAUCAGUUCUUUCAACUGCACUAUGAAGCAAAUUUAAAUGUGUCGCUGAUUUUAGUCACACUCCCUGUUGUGCACACGUU